AUGGUGUCCAAGAAGGCCGCGCCGACUUCGUACGGCCGCAUCGCACUGAGCGACCUCACUCCCGCUCAGACCUCCCAAUGGACUGUGCGAUCGGUCGCUGGCAGUGCCGCGCGCUCGUUCGAGCGGCCACGUAUGACCGACGACGCGUCAUGUGCUGCAGACGUGACUGCCACUGCGCUGCGUCUCCAGACAGCAGCGCUGGACGAGCGUACGAUCGCUGGUCUUCGCUGUGGAGCGUGUGAUGUGGCUGCAUUUGCGUCUUUGGACGAGCAGUACGCGCACUUCAAGUCGGCAGCUCACUGUGUGAACCUCAAGCGUCGAGCGCGUGGCUUGCCCAGUCUGUCGCAGGAGCAGGCGCUUCAGUAUAUUGAGGAGCGCACGAAGAAAGAGGAGACGAAGAAGGAGAAAGUGACGGACGGAGGGUACGUGUCGUCGUCGUCGUCGUCGUCAUGGUCUGAGGAAGAGGAAGAGGACGAGGUGAAGACGGCUACAGGGUCGGAGCCAGUGGUCGAGUUUUCAGACGGCAAGAGCGUAUUUAAGGUGUUUAAGAACAUUUUGCCAGAUGUCGACGAGGAGGGUUUCAACCCAUACACGUCAUUAGACAGAAUCUGCGCGUCCAAGUUUCGAUGGGCUGUGUUGCUCCUGCGCAGUGGUCGUUUUGCUGGCGCUGUGUUCGAGAAAGACAAGGCACUGUGUCAUAAGACGUUCCAGCGGUACACGACGCGACGGAAGCAAGGUGGCGCGCAGUCCGCGAGUGACGCCAGUGGCAAGGCAAAGUCAGCAGGAGCUACUCUGCGGCGGUACAAUGAAGUGGCACUCAAGCAAGACGUGGUGGCGUUGCUUGUAGAGUGGAAGGAUGUGUUGAAGGAUGCAGAGCUCAUUUUUCUGUCAAGUGGAAAGACAGAGCGUGCGACUUUUUUCCCUGAGAAGAAUGCAGUGUUGCAGCCAGGUGACAAGAGGUUGAAACGAAUUCCUUUCGCCACAUUCCGACCGACGUUUGAAGAGGUGUGCCGCGUACGUUCGGACCUCAGCAGCGUUCGCUUCUUACCCCUUGACGUAGCAACGGCUGUCUCUGUUGUCAAUGCGAAUAAAGUGAAGAAGAAAACGAAGAAGACGAACGAUAUCGCGCCCAAAGUUGAUAUUGAGACCUGUAGUAUCCAGCAGGACGAAGAUGAUGUAAAAGAGGUCCCUCGCCUUAUUCAGCUGGUGAACGAAGGCGACGUUAACGGUGUAAAGGAGCUGCUGUUGUCUGGUGGUGAAGAAAGGUACAGCAAAGUGAAUGAAGCAGAUGCCAACUGUAUGACAGCGCUGCAUCACGCUGCAGCCAAGAACGCGGUUUCGUUGGUGGGGUUUCUGCUGGAGCAAGGGGCCAACCCGGCCAUUUUGGAUCUGCACAAUCGACCUCCGUACUUUUUGUGCAGCUCGAAAGAAACUCGGAAUGCGUUCCGUAGGUACAUGGGGGAGCAUCCGGACGCGUGGGAUUACGUCACGGCGCAAAUUCCGGAAGUUUUGACAAGUGAUAUGGAACAACGCAAGAAGGAUAAGGAAAGUGAGAAGCGAAAGCGUGCUCGAGAGCGCAAGAAACAGCAGAAAAAGGAAGUGGCCCAGCAGAAGCAAGAGGAAGCUGCGCGUCAGGAAGAGAUAGAGCGUAAAAUCGCUGCAGGUAUGGCUUGUGAUUUGUGUGGCAAGUAUGCCGGCAAGUCUCCGUUCACCCGGUUGGAGUACAAGUACUGCUCCACCGACUGUGUCAAUGGACACAAGCGUAAGUUAAUGAGUGAAGCCGCCUUGCGUCGACUCGGUGGUUGA